UUUUAGAGAAGGCGAGCGGAAAUGUGUCCACCAUGUGAAGUUGUUUAUUUAUGUAGACGCUUCCAAUUAAACUUUUAAAAUCUGACAUAUCGGAGAUCCGUCUCGCCGUCUGUAUAUAAUGGAAUCGUCCAUGAGAGGAAGGGCCAAACGCAGACAUUUGGGGCCAUCGGAGUGUCAUGAUCUGGUCCAAAGCAGCAUUGGAAACCAAUGUCUUACACAGCCUUUCAAUGUCAGUCUGAACAACAGAGAUGCCAACCGUGGACUUCAGCCCAGAACACCCACCAAAAGAAGCAGACAAGCUACAGAUAGUGUGGGAAAACAGAGGGGCAUCACAGAGUUCUUCUCUGUCACUGGAUUCAUCAGCACCAGCCCUCAAAAAGGAAUCAAGACUCCAGUCGAGGAGGAGGAUGAGGGACCCCCUGGGAAUCUCACUCCAAAAAAGGAAAAUGAAAAUGAGGAAGAUGACUUUAUGGAAGGAAUCACUGAGGACAUGUUCACUGAGGACUUGGAGGCAGGUAUAAAAUCAAUUAAAAACGAAGAAUUAGUCCUGGUGAAAAGAGAGGUAGAUGAGGAGUACCCUGUUGAUAGCUUACCUGACGCCCACUACGGGCUGCUGGGAGUGCAGGGCGGGCAGGCAGUGCCCCAGGGUCAUCUCCAGGACCUGCCCGAGGAGAUCCUGAGGACUGUGUUUGCAUAUCUGCCAGCGGACGAUCUGUAUCGACACAUCAGCCUAGUUUGCCAGCACUGGAGGACCAUCAUUAUGGAUCCACAGUUUCUUCCUUGGAAGAAGUUGUACUACAGAUACCGUAAGCGGGAAAAUAAGGCAGUGGAGCAGGUGAAGUCUAUCCUGGAAGAAAAUCACAUAAGCAAAAAGCAUGACCUGUGCCUUCUCAAUAUGGUGAGGUACAUGUCUCAGUUCAAACACAGUAAGAGCGUGAAUGUGAAGGACGUGUUGGCGUGUGUGAAAGGACAUCGGCUCUACACCCAGGCUGAGGCCUGCAUCAAACACAGACUGCCAGACAUGGUGGACGAUGAGGGACCGAACCCAUGGUCCGCCAUGUCCCUGAUAUUGAUACUGGCUGACGCAGUGAAAGAUGUCUUGGACCUGGUAGCUCUUCUGCAGAAGUCUGGAUGUCUGCUGACAGCAGGGGGAGUCUCUGAGUACCUGUGGGCCAUGGCAACUUUGCUUUUGGCCAUGAGAAAGAACAAUAUAAACAUAAGCAACAGGUGGCAUUACAAUAUCUUCUAUGUUCUGCACUUAAUGGAGAAUGCACCUCCUCCUCCGGGCUUACAAGACAGCAGACAGCUUCACGUCACUCAUGAGCAGCGGCAAAUUCUUAAUCAUGACAUCCAGAGACAUCAUGUCGUAAAAAUUAUGGCUUUUGCAGGCACUGGAAAGACGACCACACUUGUGAAGUACGCGGAGCAAAGGCCACAAAUGCGUUUCCUCUACCUGGCCUUUAACAAAUCUGUGGCAGUGCAAGCUCGGCGCUCUUUCCCAACCAAUGUGGAAUGCAGUACUGUCCAUUCUAUGGCCUUCAAAGCCAUUGGAGUGAGGUAUAAAAACAUCAAUAAACUGUCCAACAAUUUGCAGCCGUUUGAGGUGGCGUGGAUAUUGCCUGAAGGGCACGGGGGAUUUGUAAAUGCUAAAGUGGUGACACAAACUGUCAACAAAUUCUGGGCAUCUGUAGACCAGCGCGUCGGCCCGCAGCACGUUCCACAAGAGUACAAGAAUACACACGGCCACCCAGAGUACCCAGGCGAACGAGAGAAAAUGAUAUUUGCAGGUAUUGCACAGGAUUUAUGGGACAAAAUGGUAGAGCUGCAGCCCAAAAGAGAGAGGGUGUACAACAUGACCCAUGAUGGUUACCUUAAACUCUGGCAGUUGACAAGACCAGAGCUGGACCAUUAUGAUGUAAUUUUUAUUGAUGAAGCUCAGGAUUGUACACCAGUCAUCAUGGACAUCAUGCUCUCUCAGAGCUGUGGAAAAAUCCUGGUUGGAGAUCCCCAUCAACAGAUCUACACUUUCAGAGGAGCUGUCAAUGCUUUGCGUGCUGUUCCUCACACACACAUCUACUAUCUCACGCAGAGCUUCAGGUUUGGCUCUGAGAUUGCCUAUGUUGGUGCUACAAUUUUGGACAGUUGUAAAAAGGUGAAGCAUAUAUUGGUUGGUGGGAAUCAGGAUGGCUUUGUGAGAGGAGAGCACAGUCAAACCCUGGAAUGUUUGAAGCUGGGGCAGAAGCUGCUGGAAGGGAGUGUGGCCAUUCUAAGUCGUUGUAACACCACUGUAUUUAGUGAAGCUGUCCGACUCACAGACGUCAACCCUAGCUGCAAGAUCUACAUUGUGGGAGGUGUUGAAAACUUUGGACUGGAGAAAAUCAUGGAUAUCUGGGUCCUGAUGCAACCAGAGGACAAACGCAUUAAGGAGAGCCUCACGAUCAAUGAUUACUUCAUCCGGAGAUUCUGCAGAGACAAGAUGGGUGGAUACAGAGGUCUAAAGGGAUAUGCCAUGGCCUCGGAAGAUCGCGAGCUAGAGGCCAAGGUAGCUGUGGUGGAAAAAUACGGUACACGCAUUCCAGAGCUGGUUCAGCAGAUCUACCGUUGUGCCCAGAGAAGCCCUCUGUGUGCAGAUUUUAUCCUUGGUACGGUCCAUAAGUCUAAAGGGCUGGAGUUUGACGUAGUGGUAGUGACAGAUGACUUCAUGAAAGUUCCAUGUGCCCGACACAACCUGCAGAGCAUGGGUGGUUUAAGCACAGGAAAUGUCCCAGAUGAUGAGUGGAACCUGUUAUAUGUGGCUGUCACACGAGCCAGGAGCGCUCUUUACAUCACUAAAACCAUCAAAAACAUCCUCACAUUUACUGGAGAGUACUUCCUAAGGUCAGAGCUGACCAGCACUCUGUUAAGUAAAGACCCGUCUCUCCUCUGCUCCAUUGAAAACUGUAACAAUAACAUCACGGGAGAUGCCGUCCUCAGCAUGUGCAGACACCCCAUCAGAUAUAUGGACAGUGUGGACGAGGGAGGUGUUCUGUGUUUGACCUGUGUGGAACAGCGCAUUGGCCCUGUCGCCUUCCUUCUCUCCACUCCUGAGCGGGUCCGAUCCAUGCACUAUACAAAUGAAAGAAUACACCUGCCCAUCAACGUCGCCAUGCUGUUGGCUCUGCUAUAAGAGUUUGUCCAUGUGAACGCAUGUUCACAUCCUUUGAGUGGCCUUGUGCAUUUGUGUCUUUCAGAGUACUUUUUUAAACCCUCUGAAACAUUAAGCUUACAUUUGUGGAUGGUUCUACAUCUGGAGCAUGUACUUUACAUGUUUAAUUUUAUUAAGGUAUUUACAGUAACUGUUUUUAAUUGUUGUAAACAUGUCUAUGCUUUCUCAUUUAUUUUGCUGUUCCAGGAUCUCUCAUUGCGUCUUGCUUUUUUCUUUGGAAAACUGUGUUAACAAUGACGUAAUUGUUUUAGUUGGAGAAUAAGCAGUUUGGCAGCUAAAUUUUGUUGCCUUAAAGGGUCCCUGUGCAAGUCUCCUGUACAAUAUUACUACUGUUGUGAAUGACACAACAGUGUUGAGGACCACUAAUGUAUAAAAUUGUGUUAUAGUUUGUGUAGUCAUUGAGUAAAAAUGUCACAGAUUUUAAUAUUAAUGUCAUUUAUGGUAAGUCUAAUAACCGUCCAGACAUCACAGCUUCAUGUAGAGAUAUGUGGUGUGAUUUAGACUAAUGUGAGCUUUGCGCUUUUAUUUCUAGACGUUAGACAUUGAUUGAUUGUCUAAUCUUGUUUGUUUUUUUUAAAGGCAUUUUUAUUUAUUUAAGAAAGCAUGAUUAUAUAAUUUGUCCCCAGAAAAGCUUAAAACUAAAUGUAUAUAAUGUAAUAAGUGGAAUGUAUUGUUUAAACACAAUUUUAGGGCCAUUAUAAAACAUCACAAAACAUUUUAUUAAAAUAUUUUAUAUUUAAUCAUUAAAAUCAUU